AACAAGCCACUAGAUUUUAACGGUGAACACAACUUCUUGGGACCCAUAUGUCUGCCGCCCCGGGGGUUGAAUAUACGGGCGGGCGCUAAGUGUGUGGCAACCGGUUGGGGCCGAACAGCAACCAAUGGCAACGGAUCGGCCACAUUGCGCCAGCAACUUUGCACCGGGUAUUUGUUGGGUGGGAAAGACAUUUGCCAGGGUGAUAGUGGUGGACCGUUUAACUGUCAACUGGGCGAUGGCACCUGGGUGGCGUACGGUAUCAUAUCGUUUACCGAUAAACGUGGUUGUGGUUUGCCAUUUACGCCCACUGUGUUUACUCGUUGCAACCAUUGGUACAUUUAUUUAUUCGCAUAUUAUCUACAUUUGGGCGCAAAUCUCGGUGUCGGCGGACAUGUGGUGACUGAGUCAGAGUCGGGCGACGACUGUAUUCAGUGUCCAUUCCAUGGCUGG